AUGAAAGAGUACGAUUAUUUGUUUAAGAUAAUAGUUAUUGGAGACAGUGGCACCGGCAAAUCGUCUCUUCUGCUACGUUUUGCGGAUAACACCUACAGUGAGUCGUAUAUGAGCACGAUUGGUGUUGAUUUUAAGAUUAAAACUGUCAAGAUAGAUAACACUACCAUCAAGCUACAGAUCUGGGAUACUGCCGGCCAAGAACGCUUUAGAACCAUCACCUCUACCUACUAUAGGGGUGCUCACGGGAUUAUUUGUGUUUAUGAUGUAACAAAUAAACUAUCGUUCGAUCACAUAACUCAAACAUGGUUACAGGACAUAGAUAAAUAUGCGACCUCGAACGUUUGUAAAUUAUUAAUCGGAAACAAAAUUGAUCUAGCUGAAAAUCGUGUAGUUUCUACCGAGGAGGCCAAGCAUGUUGCUGAGCAGAAUAAUAUGAAUUAUAUCGAGGCUUCUGCCAAGACUGACAGCAACGUUGAGAAGGCGUUCAUUACCAUUGCCAAGGCUCUUAAGGACAGAGUCACUCAGUACCCCUCCAACAACGCCCCUUCUACAGUGAAUCUUAACACUAGCGCCAAAAUUUCCACUAACCGCAAUGUUUCGGAAACGUGUCAAGACACUCCUCUUUUUGGAAAAAUGAAACUUCCGUCCGGUAAAUGUAUGUAA